UAUCUUCUCUUCUCCGUCGCAGUUCUUCAUCCCGCCGUCUGAUUAUCCGAUUUCUCCGUGUUCACUGUCUCUACCAACGACGUUUCCUCCUGUCUCCCUCUCCUGUGCUCCAAAGCGCAAUUCAGAGAGAUCGUGGAUGGAUCCGCAGACGCAGAACACUUCGUUGCAACGCCUUCAGAAUGUAGAGAGGAGAGUGGUAAGGGUAUUGGACAUAGCUGGAGGAGUGAUGGAAGAGCUGGCGAGCCCUUCUGGGCCCAGGAAAGAUUUCGUCAACAGCCAUUGCCGAGAGUUCAUGCAAUCCAUCAAGGAUAUUCAAGUGACACUAAGGGAAGAGAUCAAAAGCGCCUGCGAGUACCGUCCCUUUGAGAAAUGCGACUACAAUUCAAGGAUAGCUAAUGAGAUCUGCUUCCAGAAGCUUGAAUAUGUUCUCUCACAGCUUCAUGAUCUUAAAAAAACCGUCGACCGGUAUCCUUCUUCCGAUUGAACUCGUUAUGAAUCUCUUUUUGCAGACUUUCUCUCGAGUUUGUUGAACUUUUACAAAAUCUCCUCUAUGCUGGUUUUAGUUAAAUAUUUACAAAACUCUUCCUUGAGCCAUUAUGAUGUAUUAGUUUCUAGAAUAAGACAGGCUAUCCUCUGCUUGUGGCACAAGUAAGUAAGCUUUUCAUAAAAUGUAUUUGAUUUUGCUAAAAAGAUUAGGUGAAGUUAGUUAGACCAUUCACAUGCAAUGAAUUAGAUGCAUCAAUUGGGAGUUAGCCACGUCAGCUUAUUUAUAGAACCUCCCCCAGACCAAAGCUAGCAAAGGGUUUAGUGAGAACCGGUACUUCUCUGUUAGCGGUUAUGCCGGUUCACGCUCUGUUUUUAAAUGCCAGC